GACAGCAGAAGCAGCAGAAAUGCUCGCACUGGACCCCGGAAGUGUGUGGCCCUCAUCAUUAUUAUUUCUUAGCUAUAAAACCCUUUAAACAGCUCGAGAAAUGAAACGAUCUCUUUAUAUCUGCCCGUCACUAAUCUGAGAAUCACUACUGGUGGCUCAAAUCUGUUUUCGGAGGCGGCUCCAGACUGUGUCUGCCUUUGAGUUCAAACCCAACAGGGUUCGAGAGGAUGUCACUGUGAGAGACGCUCUGUGUGGUGAGAAUGCAGUCUUCAGGACACCGGUUGAGGGAUGUGGAGCAGCACCAGCCGCUGCUCAGCGCAGGAGAGGAAGAGGUGGUGGCCAGCCGCGUCUGGUUCAUCCAGGACAGCUGCGGGAUGGUGUGUGCCUUCAUAACCUGGUUUCUGGUUAUGUACGCAGAAUUCGUGGUGAACUUUGUCAUGCUGCUCCCUUCCAAAAGCUUCUGGUACACUCUCAUCAACGGUGUGGUGUUUAACUUUCUGGCUGUGCUGGCGCUGACGUCACACCUGCGAACCAUGCUGACGGAUCCGGGAGCUGUUCCCAAAGGUAACGCCACUAAAGAAUACAUGGAGAGUCUGCAGCUGAAGCCAGGAGAAGUCAUCUACAAGUGUCCCAAAUGCUGCAGCAUUAAACCAGAGAGGGCACACCAUUGCAGUAUCUGUAAGAGAUGCAUCAGGAAGAUGGAUCACCACUGUCCUUGGGUCAACAACUGUGUGGGCGAGAACAAUCAGCGAUUCUUUGUCCUCUUCACCAUGUACAUAGCCUCCAUUUCUUUGCAUGCGCUGUGUCUCAGCGGUUUCCACUUCUUCACCUGUGUCAGAGUCCAGUGGAGCGAGUGUAGUGAUUUCUCUCCACCUGUGGCGGUCUUGCUGCUGAUUUUCCUGUGUCUGGAAGCACUGCUGUUUCUCACCUUCACUGCUGUCAUGUUCGGCACUCAGAUUCACUCCAUCUGUAAUGAUGAGACCGAAAUCGAGCGACUGAAGAACGAGAAGCCCACGUGGGAGCGGCGGGUGCGAUGGGAGGGGAUGAAGGCUGUUUUCGGCGGGCCGCCCUCUCUGCUCUGGUUCAACCCUUUUGCUGGACUCCGCCUUCGGGUUCUGAUGGAUCGCGCCCGGAAGAGCGGGGCCGAGUUCUCUGUCUGAGUGAAGAGUGCUGUCUGCCUUCAUGCCUAUUACCCCCCUCACAUAGGACAUAGGACUCCUUCCUUUAAUGCUGAAGCAGGUUUGGAGGUAGUACGGUGAAAACCUGUUAAAUAACUGAUGUCGCUCCUGGAACAAUGAGGCUACGUCUCGAUACAGCCUGUCUGUGUACACACAUUAAUACCUCGGACGACGGAUCAUACUUGUUAUCCUCAUAUUGUCUUCAUGAACUUUACACUCAUGGGUUUUUGAUUUGCUUUUUUUUUGUUGGUAAUUUACAAAACGUUUGAAGGGUGUUGAUAUCCGUUAUCCAGCCAAUAAGUAAUUGCAUCUAGAGCUACCGUGUGACAAAAAUAAUGGUUGCAAUGGUUGUUUAAAGAAAUGGAUCAUAAAUCAAACGGAAUGAGUUUUGCCAAAAUAAUGUAAAAUCCUUGUGUGAAUCUCACAAAAACUGUCAGGAAAUGUCCAGGUGGUCAUAAAGCAUCUCAAAAUCAAAAAGAAAAAAUGAGAAAUUAUAUUCUAUAUGUUCUGUUUUUCUUCACCUUGAAAGCAAAUAUUUGAUUUGCAAUUUAUAGUAAUAUAAUCUAUUAUUUAAUAUGUUAAGUAUUUUUACUUUUUUUUUUUUUUUUUGUACCGAGUAUAAUUUAUGCUAAUUUUAAUUUUACAUUUCUUUAUUAUACCAAUGACUUUUAGAUUUGUUUCACACCACGGUUAUGAGAAUUUGUUUAGUUAAUAGCAAAUUAAUAGCAAAUAGCACAAAAAUCUUAAUUGGAGAUUCUUUUUUUUUUUUUUUUUUUAAUUAGUUUUAAUUCGUUUUCUUUGUGGAAUAUAAUUAAUUAUUAUAAAUUAAUUUUUCUUUUUUGGAGGAACUGGGCAUUUUCUUGUGAGAUUCGCUUUCUUAGGUGUUUUAAAAGCUCGCAGCUGGUUUAGUCACCUUGCCUUUAGCACACACCCUAAAGGAUAAAGUCAUUUUCAAAUAGUCUCAUCUUCAUGUAUUGUAGAGAUAUUAGCCUCAUUCUGAAGUCUUGAAAUUAAUGCCGAUGCCAAACAGACUUUGAAUGGACGGCGUCACUAUAUAUAAUUCUCACAUUGACUUUAAGCUGCUCUGUGAGAUAAAUAAAGACAAAUCACAUUAUGUCGUACAUAAAGUAUGUCCUCUGUGAGACCCACAGCUGAGCCGGGAACUAUAAUUAAAGUGUAGAUUACAGUUUUUACAGAGCUGACUCAUGUGGUGAGACUUCACAGUUGACGAGGCUGACUAUCACUUUGUGUUUUAUACUGCGUUUCUCAUGCAUCGUUUUUCAUUGUCUCCUUCACUUCUGUCAGUAGAUUGCUUUUACCUUUAGCUUAGAGAAUCGUUUCAUGAUGACCACUAAUGUUUUCCUUGUGGAAAAAUAUUUUCGUCAUAAAAAGCUGGAUCUUGUUUGGCAGGGUGGAGCCGAUGUGUGUGUUGCUUUGAUUUUCAAAGGAAUCUCACAAAAUCUGUCAAAAACAACAACAAAGUAACAUAUUUGACCCCCAAAUGAAGUUAGAAAAAGCACAAAAUUAUAUUAUUCAUAAAGACAAAAAGGCCCUUUCCCACAUAUUCUUAUUAAUAUAUUUGCACAUAAUUUAUAUAUAUAUAUAUAUAUAUAUAUAUAUAUAUAUAUAUAUAUAUCACUUUUAAAAAACAAAAUAUAUAUAAAAUAUUGCAAAAUAAUAAAUCAUAUUAUUUAAAAGUAAAACAUUUUACGUCUUAGUAUUUCAUUUACUCACAUUAUUAUUAUUUUUUUAAAUCACCAGUUAUCAAAUAUAAAAAUAAUCUUCAAUCAUUCCUGAUGUUCCUAAAUAUAGACUUCAUUUUCUUCAUGUAAUAUAUAAUUAACUCUGCAGAUUUUGGUGUCCUGGAUGUUUUUGACCGGCUUUGUGAGAUUCAGUUAGAUUAGAAGAUUAGAAGAUUAGUUCAUUUUACUUUAAAAAUAUAGAUUACAAAUAAAAUAAAACAAUGGCAGUACGUGAGAAAUAUAUCACCGCACCAAAAUCCCAGUUUGGAUUGGUCUAGAUCGCUUUUAAGAGCUUUAGAAAACCACUUCUUUCACCAAGCAGAACAGAUGCAGAUGUUUGUUAAUGCUCUCGGAUAUUAUGUUUACAAUAUUUACAGUGUAAUUCCAGCAUUUUAUUUGUUACAGUAAUGAGUUUGUGUGCCAAUUUUGUUAUUCAGCAUUAAUGACUAUCAUACAGCAAUCAAACCUUGUUUUAGACAUUCUCUUCUCAUUAUUAUGAUUGGCUUUUCAUGCAGCGUAACUCCGAUUGAACUAGAGUUGUGUAAUUUAUUUUAGAAAUGUUUUGAGCCUACGAGUUAUUCAUUUUUCUGUAAAGGGAAUAUGUACUAUAUGCAAUCCCCGAAGAUCAUGUUUUGAAUUUGAUAUAAGACUUGACUUUUAUCAGCACAUCACUAAGAAUGUAUCUCAUGUUUUUUAUACUGUGUGUUAAUUGGGUAGAAGAGGGAGUUUUCUUUGCAUUAGAAUAACUAAGAGUUUAGCAUUCUGUGCUAUUAUUACUACUGCAACAGUAUUUUCCCGACCUCAGCUCUGUUUCUAAAACAUGCUUACGUCAUUUUAGAUGAUACUUGCCUGUAAAGAGGGAUGUUUGCUCUUAAAUGAACUUCAUUAACCUCAGAAGAAUAGCAUUAGGGAAUAUUCAACUUUUACAUAUGUUAUUUCUUGGUGGUUCAACCAAGCGUAUUCCCAUCAUCAAAAUCUGGAAACUUUAUGUCUCCAGCUUUCACCUUUUCCCCACAUUAGAGCUUUUUAGUGCUGCAGGUUUCACUGAGCGGGACACGGGUCAUUCAACGAAAUGACUCGAAGCGUCUCAACUUGGAAAUGUUGGAAACAGGGUUCACAGCCACAAAGCAAAGAUUCUGAAAUUACGUCUAUUAUAAAUGGUGUAAACAAAUAUUGUUCCGAUACCUUCAAGUGUCAUGAAGUGAUGAUGUUCUUUCUUAUGUAAAGUUCUUUUACAUAAUAAAGUCAUUAGAUUUAAAAGCUA